AUGAAUCAUGGAUUUGCAUUGACAGCACAAAGCCGCACCAUCUUCAGCAAACUCCUCAACCAUACUCAGCAAAGAAACCUUCCAAAAGGCCAAUCCCUUCACGCCCAUCUCAUCAAAACCGGCCUCUUCUCCUCCACUUUCCUCUCCAACAAUCUUGUCAAUCUCUACUCGAAAUGCCAUCGUCUGCACGAAGCCCGUCUUGUGUUUCAAGAGAUUCAGGACAAGGACGUCGUUUCCUGGAAUUGCCUCAUCAAUGGGUUCUCUCAAUUGGGCACACUAGACUCCUCUCUUUCGGUUGCCAAGCUGUUCAAGCAGAUGAGGCAAUCCAACUUCCUGCCCAACUCCCACACCUUCUCAGGAAUUUUCGCUGCAUUGUCCGCUCUUGAGGACCCGUCCGUGGGGAGACAGGCGCAUGUUCUUGUUGUUAAAACAGCUGAUUCUUCCGACGUGUUCGUGAAUAGUUCUCUUCUCAACAUGUAUUGCAAGAUGGGCCUGGUGGAUGAGGGCCGCCAACUGUUCGAUGAAAUGCCUGAAAGGAAUUCGGUUUCGUGGGCUACGAUGAUUUCUGGUUAUGCUACGCAAAGGCGUGUUAAGGACGCAUGUGGGUUAUUUAGGCUAAUGCUUGAUGAGGGGGAGGAGGACGUGAAUGAGUUUGUGUUGACUAGCGUUUUUAGCGCCAUAGCACUACCGGAAUUUAUUGACGUAGGGAAGCAAAUACAUUGUUUGGCUUUUAAGAUGAAUUUUCUCUCAGUCAUUUCAGUUGGCAAUGCUGUUGUUACAAUGUAUGCCAAGUGCGGGAAUUUGGAUGAUGCUGUCAAGGUUUUUGAACUGUCAAACGAUAAGAAUUCAAUUACGUGGUCUGCAAUGGUCACUGGUUAUGCUCAAACUGGAAAUGGCGAAAAAGCACUGAGCUUGUUCUCAAAUAUGCAUUCCUAUGGGAUUGUGCCGAGUGAAUACACGCUUGUAGGUGUGCUCAAUGCAUGCAGUGAUAUCGAGGCUGCUCUCCCAGGGAAGCAAGUGCAUGGUUAUUUGUUGAAGCUGGGUUAUGAGGCUCAUAUGUUUGUCAUGACAGCUUUGGUAGACAUGUAUGCUAAGUGUGGUAACGUAUGUGAUGCUCAAAAAGGGUUCAGCCAUUUGCAAGAGCCUGAUCUUGUGUUGUGGACUUCCAUGAUUGGUGGUUAUGUUCAGAAUGGGGAUUUUGAAAGUGCUAUGAGCUUGUACUGUAAAAUGCAAAUGGAGUUUAUGGCGCCCAAUGAGUUGACUGUAGCCAGUGUGUUAAAAGCUUGUUCUAGUCUUGCUUGUCUGGAGCAAGGAAAGCAGAUACAUGCCCACACGAUCAAGUAUGGAUUUAGUCUUGAAGCUCCCAUUGGAAGUGCUCUUGCCACUAUGUAUGCUAAAUGUGGGAGUCUUGACGAUGGGAAUAAUGUCUUUUGGAGAAUGCCUUCUAGAGAUGUCAUUUCAUGGAAUGCAAUGAUUUCUGGUCUUUCACAUAAUGGGCAGGGUGUUGAAGCCCUUGAACUGUUUGAAGAUAUGCGAACGGAUUCUACCAAGCCAGACUAUGUCACUUUUAUCAAUGUUCUUUCAGCUUGUAGCCACAUGGGUUUAGUGGAGAAAGGUUGGGAAUAUUUUCGAAUGAUGUCUGAUGAAUAUGGAUUACCCCCCAAGGUAGAUCACUAUGCUUGCAUGGUUGAUCUCUUAGGUCGUGCUGGAAAGCUUUAUGAGGCAAAAGAAUUUAUUGAGUCAGCAACUAUUGAUCAUGGACUAUCAUUGUGGCGUAUCUUAUUAAGUGCUUGCCGAAAUCAUAGAAACUAUGAGUUGGGAGCGUAUGCAGGAGAAAAACUAGUGGAGUUGGGUUCUCCAGAAUCAUCCACGUAUGUCUUGUUGUCGAGUAUUUAUUCAGCUUUAGGAAGACUAAAUGAUGUUGAACGUGUUAGGAGGUCGAUGAAUUUAAGAGGGGUCAAUAAGGAGCCAGGUUGUAGUUGGAUUGAGCUCAAGAGCCGAGUUCAUGUGUUUGUUGCUGGGGACUUGUCACAUCCGCAUAUCGAACAGAUAAAAACAAAGCUAAGAAAAUUGACCAAGGUAAUGAAAGAUGAAGAUUACCAAUAUAUUUGA